GUCAAUGAUCUUGUUCUAUGUUUUUCCAGGGUGAGAAGUUGACACACUGCCAAAUUCCCAUCUCCUCCCUCGGUCAUGCAUCGAGCCGGAAGCUCCACUUCUCUUUUGUUAGUAACGGUUGUUAAAUCAUUAGAAGCGGUAGGUUUAGUUGGUAGGAGCAGCGGUAGGUGGAGUCAAAGUCCCAGCAGUCAUCACACACUCCAUCGCCACUUUUUCAUCUCGAGAAUCCCAGGCAGGCAUAGUGGGGAAGGCCAAAAAAUGGACAAUGGAAGUGAUCAAGUUACACGCGUUCUUUUUUGUGGGCCUCACUUUCCAGCAUCUCAUGAUUAUACAAGAGAAUAUCUGCAGGACUAUCCAUUUGUAAAGGUUGAUGAUGUUCCAUUUGACAGUGUGCCUGAUGUAAUUGGAAACUAUCAUCUUUGUGUGGUAAAAAGUAUGCGACUGAACUCAGAGCUGAUUUCUCAUGCAAAGAGGAUGAAGCUCAUUAUGCAGUAUGGGGUUGGCUUGGAAGGUGUUGACAUUGGUGCUGCAUCAAAGCAUGGGAUAAAGAUUGCCAGAAUUCCAAGUGGUGCAACAGGAAAUGCAGUAUCAUGUGCUGAAAUGGCCAUAUAUCUGAUAUUGGGUCUUCUUCGUAAACAAAAUGAAAUGCAAAUUGCAGUGAAGCAGAGAAAACUUGGAGUGCCAGUUGGUGACACCCUUCUGGGGAAAACAGUAUUCAUUAUGGGAUUUGGAAAUAUUGGGAUUAAGUUAGCACAGCGUUUGCGUCCAUUUGGUGUGAAAAUAAUUGCUACCAAGCGCAGUUGGGCGUCAUACUUAGACAAGUCAUGCAAAACUGAAGCAUUCUGCACUGAAAAUGGCACUGAAGAUGAUCUAGUUGAUGAGAAGGGAACUCAUGAACAUAUCAUUGAUUUUGCGAGUAAAGCUGACAUAGUGGUCUGUUGCUUAGUAAUGAAUGCAGAAACGGCUGGCAUUGUGAAUGAGGGUUUCAUCUCUUCAAUGAAAAAGGGUGCCUUGUUGGUUAAUAUAGCUAGAGGAGGCCUCUUGGACUAUAAUGCUGUUCUUCAUCAUCUUGAAUCAGGCCACUUGGGAGGAUUAGGAAUUGAUGUUGCUUGGACUGAACCAUUUGAUCCUGAUGAUGCUAUCUUAAACUUCCCUAAUGUCAUUAUUACACCUCAUGUUGCUGGGGUUACAGAAUAUUCUUACAGAUACAUGGCCAAGGGAAUUCAUAAGAAAGCCACUGGAAUUUCAUUCAUGAUGUGCACCAUUGUGCACUGAAACUCAUUUUCUAGAAGUUCCAGUCGUGAUGGCCUCAACAUGACUCGAGUUACAGUCUACCCACCAUGUACAACUACAAAUGACUAUUGACAUGCCUUAUGGAGUUGCACUGAAGAAUCAGCACAAUGAACCUGUUGAAGCUUUAGAUAGAUGAAUUCAUGUUAUUUAUGCUUUCAUUGUAGAGAGCUAUGUUACUUAAGACCCUUCACUUUGUCCUGCCGUACCAUGUCCGACCCUUCACUCUGCACUAGAGUAGCCAUGUCAGUGGGAACCUGUAGCCAAGUCCGAGUAACUUAGGUAGAGAGUAAUAGUAGCAGAGGUCGGAGGUCCUUGACAUAAAGUUGCAUCAAGUUGAAAUGCUCCUGAAAGCUUAAAUGGCUUUAAACAAGAUACCAAAUUCUAAAAUCAGAUUAGACACA